CUGGCUUGCACCGUAAGCCAAAAAAACACUGAAAAAGUAAAAUUUCAAUUUAAGGUGGAUUGGUGCCCAAGACUUACAAUAUCUAUUUCUUCACGAUAUUUACGAUAAUUUUCAAAGUCUUAGCCGCAAAGAAAUCUAUAAUGACCAAAACAUAUUGAAAAACAAAUCCUAGCAUACCAGAAUCUGCCUAAACUGGGAAGUCACCACGUGUCUUGUAGCCGUACAUUUAAUUGUCAUGCAGACAAAAAUUUAUAGUUUAUUGUUUGGUUUUAUGUUCGAAAUUUAAUAGUGAUUGUACUGCGCUCCGUAAUAUUUUCUACAGUUUGUACGUGUUGUGUUUUUCCAAUGGAAAAGGAAGAUAACGGAUCGAAACAGAGCUCCUCUGCUUCUGUUGUAUCCUCGAGAAGACGAAGAAGAGUGGUUGAGCCAGUGGAAGCGACGUUACAGAGAUGGGAGGAAGAAGGAUUGGCGAGAGCUCGUAGGGUUCAAGCCAAAGGUUCGAAGAAAGGUUGUAUGAGAGGAAAAGGUGGACCAGAGAAUCCUGUUUGUCGGUUUAGAGGUGUUCGACAAAGGGUUUGGGGGAAAUGGGUUGCUGAGAUACGUGAACCAGUGAGUCACCGUGGUGCAAACUCUAGUCGUAGUAAACGGCUUUGGCUUGGCACGUUUGCUACUGCAGCUGAAGCUGCUUUGGCUUACGACAGAGCUGCUAGUGUCAUGUACGGACCCUAUGCCAGGUUAAAUUUCCCGGAAGAUUUGGGUGGGGGAAGGAAGAAGGACGAGGAGGCGGAAAGUUCGGGAGGCUAUUGGUUGGAAACUAACAAAGCCGGUAAUGGCGUGAUUGAAACGGAAGGUGGAAAAGACUAUGUAGUCUACAAUGAAGACGCUAUUGAGCUUGGCCAUGACAAGACUCAGAAUCCUAUGACUGAUAAUGAAAUAGUGAACCCAGCAGUGAAAUCAGAGGAAGGUUACAGCUAUGAUCGAUUCAAAUUGGAUAACGGAUUGUUGUAUAAUGAACCUCAAAGCUCCAGUUAUCACCAGGGAGGUGGAUUCGAUUCAUAUUUUGAGUAUUUCAGAUUCUAGCUUAGGAUUUAUGCUGCAUCAAUAUACUAUGACUAUGAGACUAUGUUUUUU